AUGUUUGUGUCAUUCACUGCCACUGCCACAACUUAUGUACUUGUAUAUGUAGAUGAUAUUUUGAUCACAGGUUCUAACUCUACUGCCAUUUCUUCCCUCAUUACAACAUUGAAUUCAACCUUUGCACUUAAAGACCUAGGCAAAUUACAUUACUUUCUGGGAAUUGAAGCUCACUCCUUGCAGACUGGUGGUCUGCACUUGACACAGUCCAAAUACGUUUCUGAUCUCUUGAAGAAAGCAAACAUGGCAGAUGCAAAGCCUAUGCCCUCUCCUAUGAUCUCGGGACAAAAACUGUCUUCUACAGAUGGUUCUCCUUUCCGUGAUCCUGUUUUAUAUCGAUCCAUUGUGGGAGCACUUCAGUAUGCUACUAUUACGCGUCCUGACAUCUCCUUCUCAGUUAACAAGGUCUGCCAAUUCAUGCACAAUCCCCUUGAUACACAUUGGAAGACAGUCAAAAGGAUCCUUCGAUACUUAAGUGGCACAUCAUCCUUUGGUCUUCACAUUAAACCAUCUUCCAACUUUCAUUUAUCAGCUUUCUGUGAUUCUGAUUGGGGAUCAGAUCCCAAUGAUCGCAAAUCCACGUCUGGCCUUUGUGUUUUUCUUGGAGGCAACCUCAUUUCCUGGUCAUCUAAGAAACAACCGGUUGUUAGUCGCUCCAGUACAGAGGCAGAAUACAGAUGCCUUGCUUGCACCAUCACUGAACUCAUGUGGCUGCGUUCCUUGCUCAGUGAACUUCGAGUAUCUCUGCUGCAAGUCCCAACUGUCUACUGUGAUAAUCUGAGUGUUGUCUUGCUUACAGCUAAUCCAUUAUUUCAUUCUAGAACCAAGCACUUUGAGCUUGAUCUCCAUUUCGUUCGAGAGAAAGUAGUUAACAAGGUUGUUUCUGUCACCCAUAUUCCUGCAACUUCCCAGAUUGCAGAUGGUCUCACUAAGGCUAUAUCCAACACUUCCUUUUCAGAAUUCCGAACCAAGCUUCGUGUCUCUGAUUCAUCGACCACUGUGCUUGAGGGGGGAUGA